UAAUAAUGAUAAUAUACAAUUGCCUUUGAUCUGUUGUUAUAGCUAAACUGAUAAUGUGAACAAGGCGGACUUGGUCUUGAUGCUUGUUAAAUUUAUUCAAGAAAAUGGGCUUUACUCGAGAUUCAAGGAGGAGUUUAAAGUGGCCUGACGAGAAGCCUGAGAGAGAGAGACAGAGAAGGAGGAAGAGGAGGAUGAAAGAUGAUAAUGAUGAAAGAAGUCAAGAGAAAGAGAAAGAGGCAAAAGAAAGAAGAGAGAUGAAGAUAGAAGAGGAAAAGAGAGUGUGAGUUACAACGGCAAACCAAAAGUGACCUGUAAACUUGUUUCUCAGUUGCAAGUUUGAUCUCUUACUAUCAACACGGACAGUUUGAAAGUUAUCAUUUAAAGUAAUCAAUUUGAAUCGGUUUAGCCUUGCAUCUUUAAAAUUGAACAACGCAUCGAUUUACCUUUACAAUUUGUUUACCAUCUCAACUUGAUCUUAAUUUUCAUCUUAAUUUUAUACUCAUUUUUAAAAUUUGUUUUUGUGAAUUGUGAUUAAAUUGUCUUAAUUGUUUUCCAUAGAUUAACAAUUAUAAUCUUACAUUGGAUACAUUGGAAACGUGAAAUGUUAUGGAAGUUGAUUUGGAGCGUCGAUGUUCAUCCAAUCUGAUUCCUGAAUGGACUGAUAAAAAUUUGUCCGCUGAUAUGCACUCUCUUCACAUACAAAAUUGCCUCUCCGGGGCUGCAGCUCUAGCUGCAUCGGUACACCAUCACCAUCACCAUCAUCACCAUCGAGGUCGACCUUAUCUGACUGAACGAAAUGAUCCUUACUUUGAUCCAAGUGCCAAUGGUACACCAAGUCAUCAUCCCUACCAUUCGCAUCAUCCAUCACACCAUCACCAUCCAACUCAUCCACACCAUCCAUCAUCCCUUAUGUUUGGUCAUCACUCGUCACCAUUCACACCAAUUGCACCUCCACCUCCACCAGCACCAUCUCAGGUUACCUCUUCCUCGUCAACUGCAAGUCCUGGACUUGGUUCUUCAUCAUCCCCUUCUUCUGCAAGUUCACCCAAUGGGUUUCGUGUUCCUGGUGGUUCCCAUCACAAUUCAUUUCAUGGUCUCACUUCUUCAUCUCCUUCCUCGUCAUCACCCUCCAUGGCCUCAAGUCCCUCAUCCCUGGUCACAACAAACGGAAAUUACACCAAUAAUAAUAACAAUCUACUUGCACCUUCAACUGAUUCAAUGUGGGAAGAUAUUUCAGCCAGUAUUUGUGAUGAUUUUCCAGUUGAAGUGAAAAGUGAAACUGAUAAUAAUACUCAUCAACAUCAUCUUCAUCAUCACCUUUUAAACCCUUUAACCUCUUCAGGAACAACAACAAACCAUCAUUCCAAUCAUUCACAAUACUCAUUUCGUUCGGCUCAUGUUCCCCUCAUUCCAAGUCCACCUUCAUCAUCAACCUCUUCAACCUCAUCCUUCCUAACCUCAACCAAUGGUACCGGUUCAACAUUCAAUCAACACCAAUCCUCAUCCAAUAAUAACAACAACAACAACUCUAAUAGUAAUGUCAAUAAUAAUAAUAAUAAUAGUAAUAAUAGUUCCAAUAAUUCCUCAUCAAACUCAUGUGGAUCUGGAGCUCAAAAUUUGAAUGGACGUCAUCAUUCCAAUGGAAAUGGUAACUCAUCCAGUGAUAAUUCUAGUGGAACAAUAUUCAAUAAUCUGGGCUCAAAGGGUAACUCAGCAUAUCAUUCAACCUCUUCAAGUAUGUUAUCACCAUUGCAUGGACAUAAUCGCAUGUUACUCUACAUGCCACCCACACCACCCAAUUCCGAGCCAGGUUCACCAUCAAAUCAGCUUCACUUGACUCACAAUGGAAUCCACCAUCAACAACAACAACAACAAUUAAAUACUCAAAGAUGUGUAACUCCCAAUGGUAGUUCAUCAACAUCAGCAGCUGCCCCACCUCCACCACCUCCAUAUAAUCCAGCCUCCGGUCAUCCAAUGAGUGGACCCACUCCUGGUUCCUCUGUGCCUGGACAUGUUCACCUUUUAUCAGGUCCAAAUCAUCAUCCAAUGCACACCUCUUUGGGCACACUCACAUCAUCCUCGUCCACCUCAUCUUCAAAUGUUUCAUCAAAUAGUCAUGGUUUAAUGAGCCACUCAAUCAACUCAAAUCUCGGUGAGGGAUUAACACCGGUAACAUCCAAUACGGGUUCAAUCAUUUCACACCACAACCAUUCUCACCAUUCACAUCACCAUUCCUCACUAGCUGCUCACCAUUCCCAUCAUCACAAUAACAAUACUAAUCAUCAUCAUCACCAUUCUCAUCAUCCUUCCAACCGACUAAUCAAUGGAUCAACGACAACAACCACAUCAACCUCUUCCUCUUCAUUAACCACCACAACUUUAUCCUCUUCAUCCGGACAAUUGAUUCUCGGUACACAAAAGUAUAACCGACGAAAUAAUCCAGAACUGGAAAAAAGACGAAUCCAUCAUUGUGAUUAUAAUGGUUGCACCAAAGUGUACACAAAGAGUUCUCACCUUAAGGCUCACCAGAGGAUCCACACAGGCGAGAAACCAUAUAGAUGUAAUUGGAUGGAAUGCCAAUGGCGAUUUGCUCGUUCCGAUGAGCUUACUCGACACUAUCGUAAGCACACUGGAGAUAAGCCUUUCAAGUGUAAAGUUUGUGAACGAUCUUUUGCUCGCUCAGACCAUUUAGCACUUCACAUGAAACGCCAUUUACCCAAGAAUCACAAAUGAAUUUUCAUUGCACAUCUUUUUUUUUGCUUCAUCCCUCAUUUGUCUGGCUACUAUCAGACAGUCAAAUAAUCCUUCAUCUUCAUUGUCAUUCAUCAGAUCGUUACAAUUCAUUGGGAAAAUUGAUGAUCAAGAAACGCCAAAAGAUGCUCAUUAUUAUUCCUAAUAUUUUGGUUACCUCAUUUUAAUGCUCAUUAUCAUUAUCAUCUUUGAUUAUUAUGUAUUAAGAUUAUCUGACCACCUACUUACAAAUUGUGUAUAUAUUAUUAUAUUUUACACCAACUCUUAAACUCCCGGUUGAUCAACAAUCAGAAGUCAAGCUUGUCAAUCUAAUAUGUUUGCUUUUUUUUAGAAAAAAAAUUAACAUUUCUCUUG